AUGACUGAAAGCAUGGGAGAUCAAAGGAGAAAUCCAAACCUUCCUCCAAACCAGGAUCCUUCAAGCAUUUAUUACAUCCAUCCUUCAGAUGCUAACUCAACUCAGCUUGUUUCCUUUAAAUUUGAUGGAGAAGGUUUCACUGGUUGGAGGAGAUCUAUGCUGCUUGCUCUCUCAGCCAAAAACAAAAUUGGUUUUGUGGAUGGCAGCAUUGCCAAACCUGAUAUAGGUACUGCAGAAUGCAAGGCAUGGGAGAGAUGCAAUGAUUUGGUCUGUACUCUAGUUCUAGGAAAUCUGAGUGAGGUGAUUGUCAAAAGUGUGAUGUUUCUGAAGUCAGCCAGAGAUGUGUGGUUAGAUUUGGAAGACAAAUUUGGAUUUUCUUCUAUGGCUCAGGUGUAUUCAUUAGAAAAAAAAUUGGCUGAAAUAAGUCAAGGUGACAAAUCUGUUUCUGAGUUUUUAACUGAGAUCAAGUCAGUUUGGGAUGCCAUUGAGGAGGCAACAGAGAAGAUGGUCAUGCAGUUUAUGAUGAAGCUAACUGACCAAUAUGCCACCAUAAGAGGGAAUGUGCUGAUGGUACCAACACUACCUAAAGUUUCAGAAGUCUACAGGUUGUUUGCUGAAGAAGAAAGGCACCAAGAAGUGUCCAAGAGUAUUCAUCCACCAGAAUCAAUGGCUUUUGUAGCAGAAAAAAGGAGGCUUGGUGGAGAUCAUUGGAACAACAGAACCUACAAAACUCAGGUCACUGGUUCACAACAAACUGGCUUUCAGAACAACAGAGGAAAAACAGGAUCAAGUCAUUUUUGCACUCACUGCAAGAUACCAGGACACAGCAUUGAGAGAUGCUUCAAGAUCCAUGGAUAUCCACCUGGUUUCAAACAUUUCAAAGCAGCAAGCAGUGAGUAG